GUUUAUACUUGGUAUUUACUGAUGUUCAUUUUUUUGUAGGGAAAAUUCACACCAUUAAUCUAACUUAUUGGGGUUCUUCUAAUAUUAAUCCCACAUAUGAGUAAUUCCAAUUUAAUCCAAUCUAUAUAGGGUAUCUUCUCAAAAUAAACCCCAACCUGAAUGAAUCAGGUUAUCCGGUCACCCUAUCACACGUGUCCUAUUCCUAUUGGGUUUCUACAUUUUAAUCUUUUUGUUUUAGUUUUUUUUUAUUUCUUUACUCUAUAGGACCACAGCUCCUUCCUUCCGACAUCAGAUCAGCUCGUCUUUCUCCCUCACCUCUCCCCUUUCUUCUUUCGCCUGGUCAGCUCCUCCUCUCCAAUUUCUUGUUCUUUGAUGCCAGCCCUCCGUCCGUCCCAGUGUCGCCGUCAGUCCGUCUAUUUACCAUUUCACCCCAGAUGGUCUGAUCUCCAUGAACCAUUGGUUGAUUGUCAUUCAAUCUAUGUCAAGUUAGUUUUUGAAUUGACCAAAAUAACUUGUCCACUUCUGAAAUUGAAAGAAAGAAGUUCACAUUUGAGAUGGCCGAAAACCUAAUUAAACAAAACAAAAUGAAAUUGAAGGUGUAAAAGAGAUAGUCAUCUGCGGUGGAGGGAGAGCAUAAACAAAAAGAAGAAGAAAAAUAACAGAGGAUGCGGAGGAUAAUCCAUUGCUAGAGUAAAUUUGGAUAUGGAAACCCAUGGCUACAGCUCAAACCAUUCCAACAUCUCUUCUUCCUCAUUAGUGUACUGCCCGAUCAAUUCCAUCCGAGUGGAAUAAACUCAAACAGAAGAGAAGACAGAUGGGAAAGUCCUGACCUGAACAAGCAAAGAAAACUUCUCAGUGAGAGAUGGGUAAUUCGCAGUCGUAUUCUACCGAUCCCCGUUUCGCUUCCGCUAAAAGAGCGUUCACCGAGAAGGAACUUGAAGACCUGAACUUUUUGUUCCUUUCCCUCUCCGAGAAAUCAGAAUCAAAUGCGCAAUACAUCUCCCCUUCUGUUUUCAAGGUGCACAUUGGGAUUGAAGGGAAGUUGGGGGAUAGAUUAUUCGACUUGGUCACUCAGAACCGCAAAGAUCAAAAGCUUACCUUUGAAGAUCUUGUUAUUGCUAAAGCAACUUAUGAAAAGGGAACAAAAGAUGAGAUGGAAGAGUUUGUCUAUCAACUGUUAGAUGUAUCUGGUGACGGAACUGUUGAAAGGUCCGAUCUUGAAGCUGUAUUAAAUGCAAUGCUUGAUAAUAUAUUUUCUCAUAAAUGCUCUGAAGGAGGACCGGGUUCAAAUUCAGAUAUUAUUGACAUAUUACUCAGUGCUGCAAAUUUCACAAUAGAUACUCAAAAUCCAGCUGCAAGUUGUAUAUCUUAUGGGGAUUUUAGGAAGUGGUGUGAACUGCUCCCAUCUGUCAGGAAGUUCCUAGGAAGUUUGCUGAAGCCAUCUGACUCAGGUUCUGACGUUCCUAGAUUAGUUCACCAGGACAAUAUUCGUUCUGAUAUGAUACUGUUAAGGAAGGAAUACGCAUGGUUAAUUGGAGGUGCCCUCCCACAAGAGGAGCUCCGUGAAUGGAAGCUUCUUUAUCACAGUGCAGUCCAUGGCUUGAGCUUCAACACCUUCUUGGGAAAUAUGGCUGAAUUGCAGAAAUGACAAAUGUCCUGCCGUAUUAAUCAUAAAAGACAAGAAUGGCAAUACAUAUGGGGGUUAUGCUUCUCAACCAUGGGAGAGACAUGGUGAAUUUUAUGGAGAUAUGAAGUCAUUCAUCUUCCAGCUUUACCCAAAAGCAUCAAUUUAUCGCCCCACAGGAGCAAACUACAAUAUACAGUGGUGUGCUGUGAAUUUUAGUUCAGAAAGCAUUCCCAAUGGAAUAGGGUUUGGUGGUAGAGUGAAUCAUUUUGGUUUGUUCAUAUCAGCCAAUUUUGAUCAAGGCCAUACUUUCCCCUGCACCACGUUUGGAAGCCCUAGCUUGUCGGGAUGCAACAUCAUAUAUCCAGAAACGAUUGAAUGCUGGGAAGUCCAAAUCAAGAAAGCUCAAGAAGAAGCACAUCAUGAUCGCAUCAAAGGUUCCGUUCUUGAGAGAUUCAAAGAGGACAAAAAUAUGCUUAAUAUGGUUGGCCUUGCAAAUUCAAGCGAUUGAUCUGCCCUAAUUCCUGGCAUUAAUGUAACUUAUAACAAACGUGUAUGUUGGUGACUUGGUGUUGAAUAUCUAAAUGCUGUCACUAAGUCAAUAGAAUCAUACAAAAAUAGCUACUCUUCGCGUAUCACUAGUUCUGAG